AUGGCCUGCGGAGACAGGAAAGAGAUACAUCCCGGCUUUGAUUUUGUUUCGUGGCAGACACUCAUCGCACAUCUCGAACGCCUUCAGUUUCCUACUUGGUUCAUCGGAGAGGGGGAGGACGCGCCGGACCUUCUCUCAGAAUUACCCAUCCGUAUAAAGACAUCCUCUUCAAGCCCACGGCAACGUUCUUCUGCGCACUGGGUGCUGAUCGUGUGCGGUGACUUCGAGUGGGACGUCUCCCCCGACCCCGACAAUAUCGCGAAACUCGCCGAUGCUCUACAGUACAAGGUUCCAAUUGACGGAAGCAAUUCUGCGUCCUCUGUAUCCGGCACACUGGCCAGUACUUCCUUGGAAGCAAACACCUCGAAACCGGAGAAGACGUCGAUCCGGACUCUCUUCGAUCGGCACAGCCGAGACUAUCAUCAAUCACGUCAAUUACUAUACAGCAAUCCUCGCGCUUUCCUCGACGUGGGGCUGACUAUCGUGAAGGAAUAUGGAAUACGCCUCGACAACGUUCAGUUUUGUGACUGGUUGGACAUCGUCGGGAAUCUAUUUCACCCGCUUCCAAGCGAUCGAGACGAGGAGACAGCCGUACGGAUUCAAAAGGAAUUGCCCAAGGAAGAGCUGCUAGAAAUAUACUCAAGAUUGUUGGAACAUCUUCACAUUCCGUAUGCCACGUAUCGCCUGGUAGACAUGACGCAGGAUCUGAUGGCAAAAGCUCGCGAGGAUAUAUCUGUCGAGUUCUCAGAAAAACUAGGGCGGCUCCUGGAUGAGCUUUGGCUUAAGCUUUGGUCGUCCCACGAACACUUGACGCGGGACGGGACGGCUAUCUUCCUUGUAUACCAUUCGCGUGUCAUCGACGCCUAUCAGACUCGAUCAUCGCUUCUGCACUUAUUUCUGCGAUAUAUCCCGAUACUUAUGGGCGAGUCGAAGGGGUCGGUGGCUAUUUAUCACAAUCCUGGCGCCCGGCUUGCCACGUGCCGCAUCGUUCUCCUAUGCUGGAUGUAUCCAGUACUGGAAGUCAUAGAAUUACCUGGAGCCGAGCACUUUGCUAUGGACUUUGUGCUGAGAAUGUUCUCCAAAAGGACACACAUCUCCGGCCUCACGCAAAGCGAUCUCGACAGAUUCGUCAAGGUGGACAUACUUGGCAAUUACGGAGCCGGCGCGUUCCUCGUACAGCUCGCGCACGCUCUUCUGACACGGUCCACGUACAAAGUUAGGACGGAUGAAGCGUACGACCAUCAAAAGGAGGUCGUGACGCUAUUGACAAGCAUGACCGGCAUCAUCGUACAACCGGAGUUUAGAACAUAUUACUCAUAUUCAGGGAUACUCGACGCCAUUACCUCGGUAUUUGACACCGACCGGUACAUGCUGUAUAGUUCAGACGAGCAAUGUUUGCUACGCUAUUGCGUUGCCUAUGCGUUGAGAGAAAUACUCCGCACUGUCCCCAUCAGUCAAGCGGCGAAGCCACUAGUCCGCUCUUACGGCAUUAUGUCCUUCCUCGCGCAAUCAUUCGUCUGCUUCACUCAGGCUGGAUCGGACGUCGCAACCGGCAACGGCAUCGAUCUGCUCGUCGAGAUCAUGGACGUGUAUGCAGUGAUUGCGAAGGGUGCAAAGGCUAGAGGCAACGUGCGCGAUGAUAAGCUUAUACACAUCAUCACAACUUCGAUUAAGGCGGAAUGGUACCCCGCCAUCCAUGAUCUCAAGCGCAUCGCGCUUCGGGAGCAACUUUUGGCACCCAAAUGCCAUCUGCUCCUCGGUAGUUGGCUCGACCUUGGGUCCACUUUAGGGCUACAGGAGAAGGAUGAACAAGAGGCGUUUGAAACAGAGAUGAGGAGAGUCUCUCAGUUCUGCGCUUGGACGGGGUGCAAGUUCCACGAGGAAAGGCCACCCACGGCAACGAGAGCAUGUGGGGGCUGCGGCGAAGUCCGGUAUUGCUCGCGAGAGUGUCAGCAAAAGGGUUGGAAGCAGGGGGGUCACAAGCUACGAUGCAAACGGCUGAAGAGUGAGCCUCAUGCGGCACGGAAGACUUAG